GUUUGCGUGACUUCCAAUCAACGCGCAUAGCGGCAACUUUAGGCGAAUGACGUAAGCUUCCGCAGCUAAAAAGUCAUAGAUCCCAGCGAGCAACACCAAUUAACGCAGCUCCAAAACCGCAUCCACAGACAUUGCCCCAACACGGACGAUUUCACACUACCGACGGACCAGAUCGCGAAUCGAUUGACACACUGAAAAUCGAAAGCAACGUACUGCCUUAUCACUAGUACCGUCGCAGAGACUGAAGGAGAAAGACUCUCAGGAACACAAUCUUAGGAAGACACAGCUUCAUCCCUCCACUACAAUGGCGCUUCCUUCAAUAGCGCUACCAGGGCAAUUGCUCGGAAGCGUCGACAAAUACAGUCCUGGUCCAGGAACACACAUCCACGACUCGCAAAUCUACGCCUCAAUAGCCGGACCCGUUUUCUCUUCGCCAUCACAUCCCUCCACACAAAGCGCAUCUUCCAAGUCCGGCAAACUCGCACCGCUCCUCUCAAUAACGCGUCCUCCCACCUCCACCGACCCUGGUAUCCUCGGUCCCAACUCUGGCGGCGGCGUGCCCCUCCUCCCGACCGUCUCCAGCACCGUCCUAGUCCGCAUAACGCGCCUCGGCCCACGCUUCGCCAGCUGCGAAAUCCUCGUCAUCGACAACGCCGUCUGUCGCGAAGCCUUCCUGGCGCAGAUCCGACGCGAAGAUAUUCGGGCUACAGAGAAGGAUAAGAUAAAGAUUGAGGAAAGCUUCAGGGUCGGUGAUCUGGUCAGAGGCACAGUCAUCAGUUUGGGAGAUAGCGGCAAUUACUAUGUCGCUACGGAUCGCAACGAGUUUGGUGUUGUGCUGGCUAGGAGUGAAGAGGGGAGGGUUAUGCAUCCGGUUAGUUGGAAGGAGUUUAGGGAUCCGGUCAGUGGGAAGGCGGAGGCGAGGAAAGCUGCUAAGCCGUUUUGAUGGAAGCUGUGGUAUACAAUGAAGGAGAAGAAGAGAGAGAAAAGCUAGUUCGCUGUAACGAGCACGGCAACCGCUGAUAAGAUACCCAUGAUGUGGAAGGCAGAGUAAGAUUAAAUGUAUUUUGCAUGCGAAGGAGACGAUAGAAAACUACAAAGGUGGUCUAUAUUUGAGAAGAACGACACGAGUUCUAUCCAAGAGCCUUCAUGUCAUUCAAAGACAGAGCUAUCGAAUGUACGGAGCGCUCUCUUCUGCUUGC